AUGCCUGCUUCCGCCGCUCAAGGCCAAGGCAUGAAGCCGGCUUCCAAGCUAGCUGACGAGGCUUACCCAGACCUACUAAGUCGCCAGACUCUCGGUCUCCAAUUACAACAGUACGCCAAAUACGUUGGCCCGACCGACGAGCAUGACUACUCACUAUUAGACCUACGACUUUACGACGAUGCUCGAGAUGAGAGCAUCGCCGAAACGGGAACCUUUCGCAAGGUCGGGCCAACUGACUUCUUCCACCAAUUCGCCGACGCGGACCAACCUGGCCAGGCUCAGGACCUGAAGGACCUCGACACUAUAGAGCAGACCAAAGAUUUGUUUCUGGAACGGUACGCUUCGAGCUAUCGGGUCUUCUCUCCACCACUACUCGCUGCUGUGUAUAUACUGGCCUCGAAUUGGUGGUCAUACGAAGCGGACUUGGCUAAGCACCAUAAACCCGACGUCUCCAUCCUAGAAGAGGUCGCCUUCCGGAGUCUCCAAGAGACAUCACAACGACCGAAGAUCGCCACUGUGCAAGCUGGUCUCCUACUGUUACAGCGACCUCGCAACAUCACGUCAUGGCAGCUCACUUGCCAGGUGGUUGCGAUCGCACAAGAUCUCGGUCUACAUCUUGAUUGCUCGAGCUGGCGAAUACCAGUAUGGGAGCGGGCUUUACGGCGGAGACUAGCAUGGGCGCUUUUCAACCAAGACACAUGGUCGGCACUGAUCUAUGCCCGACCACCCCAUAUUUCACUUAACAACUGGGCCGUCCAGCCAGUCUCAAGCGAAGACUUCCCAGACGACGCCGUCGGCGAAGAUGAAGACAUCGCCAGCGAAGUUGAAAAAGGCCGCACCCUCUUCAACGAGCUGAUCAGCCUGUCAAAAAUGCUCAACCAAGUGCUGGAGAAGCUCUACUCCCUACAGGCCGAACUCGACAUCCAACACUCAUACGACGCCACCAAAGCCGUCCUCGAACGCGCCAAACCCAUUCAAGUCCGCCUCAAAUCCUGGUGGGCUGAGUUGCCCGACAACCUACGCAUGGACGCCACCAAAUCAGGUGCAUUGUCUUCCGUCGGCUACCUCCACCUCGCAUACUUCGCCACGGAGAUCACCCUCCAUCGACGGAUCCUCCGAUCUCUAUCGCCGAGCACAGAUCCCUACCUCGUCCAAAUCUGCCGAUCAGCAGCUAAAGCGCGCCUCAUCAGCGCGAUGGACUUCUUCAAUCGCCUCAAGCCAGAGCACUUGCAGUCGUUCUGGUACUUUUGCUCCAAGUUCAACUUUGCGCUCAUCGGCACGUUUGCGGGGCUGUGCUUUGUCACUUCUGUUAGUCAGGAAGAGGCGGAGUUCUACCAAAGGAGGCUCAUGGAGUAUCGAUGGACAUUGAGAGUCAGUAAUAAGAGUGCUGAGUUCUUGGAGAUUGCGAGUGGGAUUUUGGAGAGUGCGGUGGGGAGUCUGUUGAAGGCGGCUGAUAGUAUUGAUAGUAGGAAGCUGGAGUUUCCUAUGUUGAAUGCGGCAGUCACUGACGGGUAUAUGGACGGGGAGUCUGGCUCGUUGGACACGGACAUGGAGGGUCUUUGA